AUGGGAGCCUUCCUCAGCCAUGACCAGGAGCCAAUCAGAACCUCCAUUGGCAAGGAUGAAGUGCUGCAGCUUCGCAAGAAGCAUUUCUGCCCGGCGCAAAGUGUCUCCUACGCCAACACGGACCCGCUGCUCAUAGUCCGUGGCCAGGGCAGCUAUCUUUAUGACGAGGAAGACAAUGCGUAUUUAGACACUCGCAACAACGUGUGUCAUGUGGGACAUAGCCACCCACGGGUAGCUGCUGCAGUCGCAGAUCAGGUUUCCAAGCUCAACACCAACACCAGGUACUUGCAUCCCAAUCUUUGCCUGCUCGCAAAGCGUCUGACGGAGACCUUUCCCGCUGGAAGUGGCCUGGAGGUGUGCUUUUUUGUCAACUCCGGUUCCGAGGCUAACGAUCUUGCCGUGAGACUGGCAUUUGCUCGUACACGCUCUCGCAAUGUGAUAGUUGUGGACCAUGGGUAUCACGGCCACACCCAGCAGACCAUUGAGAUCAGCCCGUACAAGUUUGAUCACAAAGGUGGUGAAGGUGCAAGGCCGAACAUCCACAAGGUGCCCUGUCCUGAUACUUUCCGUGGACUUCACCGUGGUCCGGAUGCGGCAGAACAGUACGCAUCCACUGUAACGGAAGCCUGCAAGGCUGCAGGGAGUGUUGCAGCUUUCUUUGUCGAAUCGGGCAUGUCGGUGGGCGGUGUGAUCCUGCCACCCAGAGGCUAUUUACAAGCAGCUUAUUCUGCGGUUCGCCAAGCUGGAGGCAUUUGUGUGGCUGACGAAGUUCAAGUUGGAUUCGGGCGCUUCGGCGAUUUUUUCUGGGCCUUCGAGGAGCAGGGCGUUGUGCCAGACAUUGUGACAAUGGGCAAGCCUUUUGGAAACGGCAUGCCUUUGGCUGCAGUAGUGACAACGAAGGCAGUCUCCGAUGCAUUUCACAAUGGCUUAGAGUAUUUUAAUACUUUCGGCGGCAAUCCUGUUUGUUGCGCCGCCGGUCUGUCUGUGUUGGAAGUGAUUCGUGAAGAGAAGCUGCAAGACAACGCCGCGAAGGUUGGUAAAUACAUUUGUGAACAAAUUCGGCAGCUGUCGACAAAGCAUGAGCUCAUUGGUGAUGUGAGGGGCCGCGGCCUGUUCAUUGGGAUUGAGUUUGUCCGUAAUCCAGAAACACUUGAGCCAGCAACAGCAGAGACGUCGGAGAUUUGCUCUCGGAUGAAGAGUGAGCACAAGAUUCUGAUGAGCAUUGAUGGGCCGCAUGACAAUGUUCUGGUCAUAAAGCCGCCCAUGUGCUUCUCGUUGACGGAUGCAGAUCGAAUGGUCCGCGCCAUGCGUGAGAUUCUGUCCACGCUCGUAGGUCCCGUUGCUGGUCAACACGUAGCGCACACGCCGACGUGA